AAUAAAAUAACGCUAAUAAAGCAGUAAUGAAAAUCGAGUUGCCAAGAGCCCGAAAAAGACUGAAAUACAAACACAGAGGAUGUUUUAUUGUUAAGGUCGUUGCUUUUUUAUUCGAAGAGCCAAAAUUUAUAAGCAAAUAUUGAACAAAAGGCUAAAGCGGUCAUUAGUAUUGAGUACGCAUUGGGAAUGGCCAAAGCUGCAGCUUGUUGAAGUUUGUAUUGCUGCUGCUAGUGGGCAUAGAAAGUGAAAACCAAUUACAAGGGCAUUAAAUACAUAACAAAAUAUAAGUAGUUAAAUAUGAAGAUUCUGUGUAUAUAAACGGAGUUGUAAAUUUGAAGAUGGUGCAUUGCCCGAAGUGAACUAUAUGAAUAAGCGCUAAAGUGUAUCCCAAAGUAAUUUGAACGACUACAGCGAGGUUGCCUGGUCAACUUUUUUUUGCAAGAAAUACAAUAAAUAUAUUGCCUAAUUUCUAUAUAAACAAAUCAUUCGACGAGCUUGUUCAUCGUUGCUGGCCUUCAAUUAGUUUUUGUUUAUUUAUAGUUUAACACAUAGACUAGUACGGGUAUUUCAAGCUAUUACUUUUAGCGAUUUUAAUUGCUUAUUACUUUGCUAUUCACUUGGUUUUCUGAAAACUCGCAGCCUAAAGCUUACUGGAGUGUACAUUUAAGCAUUUCAAAAACAAUUCCCACACGAUAUGCAGUGGAUAACUCGCUUGGAUGGUGGACCACGUCGUGUUAAUCAUGCUGGUGUUGGAGUCGGUGAUAGAAUAUACUCCUUUGGCGGGUAUUGCACUGGUGAUGAUUAUCGCCUAAACGAGUGCAUCGAUGUACAUGUGUUAAAUACAAAUACGUUACGAUGGGCCCUAGUGCCUCAAAUGCGUGACGAAAAUGGUUUGCCACUAAAGUAUCCAGAAGUUCCAUUUCAACGUUAUGGCCACACAGCCGUUGCAUAUGAAGACAAAGUUUAUAUGUGGGGUGGUCGCAACGAUGAUCAAUUAUGCAAUACUCUUUACUGCUUUGAUCCGCAAACGCUCAGUUGGUCACGGCCUGUGGUAAAAGGCGAUAUCCCUGGUGCACGUGACGGUCAUUCGGCGUGUGUUAUCGACGAUUGUAUGUACAUUUUCGGUGGUUUUGUUGAGGAGAUCAAUGAAUUCUCAUGCGAUGUACACUGCCUAGAUUUUCGAACGAUGAAAUGGCGAUACGUACAAACCUUUGGUGUACCACCAUCAUAUCGAGAUUUUCACUCAGCGGCUUCUAUUUACGGCCGUAUGUAUAUAUUCGGUGGACGUGGUGAUAAACACAGUCCAUAUCAUAGUCAAGAGGAAAUGUACUGUCCGGAAAUUGUAUUUUUGGAUAUGAAAACCAAAAUGUGGCAUCGUCCAUCUACUACUGGCAAAGUGCCGGUAGGAAGACGUAGUCACUCAAUGUGUAAGAUUUGUUAUGUCAUAUUUGAAAAGUUAAAAAAAACAUUAAUUUUAUCUUUGUAUAUUUUAAAUGCAGUUAUUUACAAGGGUCUCAUUCAUAUAUUCGGGGGAUAUAAUGGUAUUUUGGAAAGCCAUUUCAACGAUUUUUAUACAUUCGAUCCGAAAUCCAACUGCUGGAAUCUUAUUAAACCCUUUGGGCAACCACCAACUUCACGACGACGUCAAGUGUGUAUUGUUAAGGACACGAAAAUGUUUCUUUUCGGCGGUACCAGCCCUCAUCCUCACGACAGUAUACUGAUCGAUAAUAAUGACACACAUGUACUAGACUUUGAGCCUACUCUGCGAACAUUGGCAAUUUUAAGCGUUAUAAAUCAUCGGCUUGAUACCACAAUGCUGCCGAAAAAGCUGAAGGAAGAGAUACGCUUAUUGACACAACCGAAUUCAUUAACACGACCACUUAACCAUGCUGGUUAAAU